GUUUAAUGCCCUGCUCCUGUGCUGUGUGGUGUUUUUUUCUUCUCCAAUUAAAGUCAUAGACAGUGGUGGAAAGUCUGCGCCCUGACAAGUAAACUACACAUCCCGGAGUGCCUCUGUUGACCCCUGCAGCCCGCAUCUGUGCGAUUUGGCGCUGAGCUGGAGGACCGAGCGGGGCCUUAAAAGAAGAAGAAGAAGAAGAAGAAGAAAGAAAAAGGAGCAGCGCUGCUUUUGUUGAACCGGAGCAAGAGGGAGCUAGAGAUUAUUAGUGUUAUUAAGAAGAAGAAGACAAGGAAGAAUUGGACGUGUCUGUCUCCAGCGGACCUAAAACAGCUCGGGUCCUUUGCACUGACGAAGAGCCCAGCUUUGGGAUUGGGUAGCGACCAGAUAGCGUAACACCCCCUCCUCCUCUCUGUGGAGAAUUGCGUUAAAACGAAAAAGGAAAGGCCUGAGCUUUAUCAAUAUCACAGGAUUAUUUUUUUAUUUUUUUCAUUUUCCCCCCAUUCUACCCCCCCUUUUCCACCACUAUAGAUUAAACGAGGAGACGUUGCUGGCUGGUGUAUGUGUUUAGAAUGGGACACGCUGAAGGUCCAGUCAAAGAAAAAGACAGUUAAGGAUGCAGGAGCCCAACAAUGGAUUUCUCCUUCUCUUUCAUGCAAGGGAUCAUGGGAAAUACAAUUCAGCAACCCCCUCAGCUCAUUGACUCAGCCAACAUCAGACAGGAAGGCACCUGCGACACCGGCAGUGACCCGGGUGAGGAUGGUGGUCCCUCCUAUGAUGCUGCCCUGGAUGCAGAGUUUCCUUACCCGCCGUCAGCCUCGGAGGACAUGCCGCAGGUCCCCAAUGGCUACCCGUCUGGUCUGGGCAUGUACGAGCCGCAGGCCAAGUUCUCUAUGUACUCACAGUUCCCCAACGGCUCAGCCAACGGCUAUGGGGCCAUACGGAGCUACGGAGAUCACGGCCUCAUGCCAGGCGAGGGCACGGUCCUGAGAGGCCCCGGUCUCCAGGAGAGACCCCUGUCCCCCGUGUCUCCCCCGCUGCCCACACAUCACCCGCAUCUCCACCACCACCACCAUCACCCGCAUCACCACCACCAUGCACACCACUUCCACUCAAACCCGCCUCACAUUCAAACCCACUCGCACCCGCAGAGCCCUCCACCGCAGCCGCUGCCCUCCCAGCACCACCUGCCCCAGACGCCUCACAUCAUGACCCACAACCUGCCCCCGCCUCCCCCCUUACACCUGCCUUCCUCCAGUCCUCCCCCCUCCCUCGUGGACAGCACGCCCUCAUCUCAACCCGCCCACGCCCCGUCCAUGACCCCCGGUGGGGUGCUGAAGAAAACCAGCUCUCCGGAGAUCAAGUUGAAGAUCAUCAAGACGUACCAGAAUGGAAAAGAGCUGUUUGAAUCUGCGCUGUGUGGAGACCUGCUGCAAGAACUGCAGAAGGAGUCUCAGAAGAACGAGGCCGCUCAGAUGCAGCGCAGACAUGAGAGGAAGAAGGAGAAGAGGAAAAAGAGUGCGAGGCUGCAGCUGCAGGUCCAGGAACAGAGCCUGGAGUCGAGCCAAACGCAGGCAGGUACCACGGGCCAGACGGAGGACACCCACGUCCAGCCUCAGCCGAAAGAAACGCCGCCGGCCCAGACAGAGAAGCCUCAGAAGACCGUUAUCAAAACUGAACCAAAGACGCCGAAGGUUCCGAAGGUCCAUCAUCCGUCAGUGAUCCAAGAGACGGGUUUCUGUAAGGAGUUUGUAAUUGGAGACCUGGUGUGGUCCAAGGUGGGCACUUACCCCUGGUGGCCCUGCAUGGUCUCCUCUGACCCACAGAUGAAGGUCCACACUCGCAUCAACACCAGAGGCCACAGGGAGUAUCACGUCCAGUUCUUUGGCAGCGUCGCUGAGCGAGCGUGGAUCCAUGAGAAGAGGAUAGUCAUAUACCAGGGGAAGCAACAGUUUGAUGAGCUUCAGGCCGACACUCUGCGCAAAACCACAAACCAAGUAGAGAGGAGCAAACUUCUGAAGCCGAUCCCUCAGCGUGAGCGCACUCAAUGGGAAGUGGGUGUGGGCCACGCCGAGGAUGCCUUCGUCAUGACACGGCAGGAGCGAAUUGACAAUUACACCUUCAUCUACGUCGACCCAGACCCCGCCGAAGCCCCGCCUAGCAAGAAACCCAACAUCAGAGCUGAGAAACGAAGCCGACGCUCCAGCGGCUCCAUCAGCUCUGUUGGUAAAAAGGAGGAUGCACGUGUGAAGUCACCAGACAGAGAGCAGCCGCCGCGAAGGCAGCUGCCACGGAGACAGUGCAGUGUUACAAACACAGACGACAACGCAAACUCCCAGGCCUCAAGCGAAGAGAAGAACCAGAGGGGGGACCAACGUAAGAGCAGCUCGCCGAAACAGAAUGCCGGCUGCGAUGCACGAACACGGCAGGACUCGCCACCUCCGGUCAGGGCGUGGAAAACAGCAGCUGCUAGGAAGCUGCUGCCUCUCUCCAUCACCAUGAAGAGGCUGAAUGUGGAGAUCACAAAGUGUGACUGGCCUCUCCUGCAGAAAAAAGCUGCUCCAUCUCCAAAGAAGGACAAAGAAGAAGAGAACGAGGAGCGAGUGGAGAGAGAGGCCAGGCAGCCCGACCUGGGAUACUGCUCACCUGAGCAGGACAGCAGAGCUAAACCUGAGCCCAGUCCAGAGGAGGAGGAAGACGGGGAUGAAGGGGAGGAAGAGGGGGAGGAGAGGAGAGGCUCCCCUGCUAGUCGGAGGAGCGAGGAGGGAGGGAUGCAGCAGACCUCUUCUCCUGGAUCACACCACAGUAGUCCUCAUGGUUCUCAGGAGAGGAAGCUGCAGCGGCGGUCGGUCAGGAGCAGAUCUGAGUCAGAGAGAGGCACAGAUCCCAUCCCUAAGAAGAAAACCAAAAAGGAACAGGCUGAGAUGGCUCCAGAAACCACGCUGAGGACGGGUUCACAGAAAGGAGCCAGUGAGAUCUCGGAUGCGUGCAAGCCUCUGAAGAAGCGAAGCAGAGCGUCAACAGAUGUGGAGAUGGCUUCAUCUCAGUACAGAGACACGUCUGAUUCGGACUCAAGAGGCCUCAACGAUCCACAGAGUUUAUUCGGGAAGAGUCUUGACAGUCCAGCAGCAGCAGAUGCAGACGCUUCAGACACUCAGUCGGUGGACUCCGGUUUAUCCCGUCAGGACAGCAGCACUGGGAAGAGAGACACCGUGUGCCAGAUCUGUGAGGUGUAUGGCGAAGGUUUGGUGGUGUGUGAAGGUGAAUGCAGCAGACAGUUUCACCUGGAGUGUCUUGGUUUGUCGUCCCCACCUGAAGGCAGAUUCACCUGCCUGGAAUGUAGAAAUGGCAAUCAUCCUUGUUUUAGCUGUAAAGCAGCGGGCCGGGAGGUGACCCGCUGCUCUGUGUCUGGAUGUGGUUGUUACUACCAUGAGGAUUGUGUGCGUAAACUCCCGGGCGCCACCAGCAGCUCCGGUGGAGGCUUCACCUGCCCUCAGCACAGCUGCUCAACCUGCUGCCUGGAGAGGGACCUGCAGCGAGCCAGUAAAGGUCGCUUGAUUCGCUGUAUCCGCUGUCCGUUGGCGUAUCACACGGGCGACAGCUGCGUGGCGGCGGGCAGCGUCAUCAUCACCCAUCACAUCAUGAUCUGCAGCAACCACGGCAGCGCCAAAAGGAACGGCCUCCUCAGCUCCCCGGUCAACGUGGGAUGGUGCUUUUUAUGUGCCAGAGGGCUGUUAGUGCAAGACCUUACUGACACCAUAUUAAGUUCAUAUGCCUAUAAGUCCCACUACCUUCUGACUGAGUCAAAUCGUGCUGAGUUGAAAUUACCUAUGAUUCCCUCUCCUUCGUCAGCUACCAAAAAGAAUGUUGGGAAAGGAGGCAAGUUGCUGUGCUGCGACUCAUGCCCGGCUUCCUUCCACCCGGAGUGUCUGGAGAUGGAGAUGCCGGAGGGCUCGUGGUCCUGCAGUGAUUGCAGGGCAGGGAAGAAACCUCACUACAAACAAAUUGUCUGGGUCAAACUGGGCAACUACAGGUGGUGGCCAGCAGAGAUCUGCAACCCUCGCUUGGUACCAUCAAACAUUCAGAGCCUUCGCCACGAUAUCGGUGACUUCCCCGUCUUCUUCUUCGGCUCCCACGACUACUACUGGAUCAACCAGGGCCGCGUCUUCCCCUACGUGGAGAACGACAAGAACUUUGUCACGGGUCAGAUCAACAUCAACAAAACCUUCAAGAAAGCUCUGGAGGAAGCAGCCCGACGCUUUCAGGAGCUGAAGGCACAGAGGGAGAGCAGGGAGGCUUUAGAGCAGGAGCGCAACUCUCGCAAACCUCCACCGUACAAAUUCAUCAAGUCCAACAAGCCAGUGGGGAAAGUGCAGAUGCACAUAGCCGAUUUGUCAGAAAUCCCACGAUGCAACUGCAGAUCAACAGAUGAGCAUCCCUGCAGCCUCGACUCACAGUGUCUCAACCGCAUGCUGCAGUACGAGUGUCACCCACAGGUGUGUCCCUCAGGAGACAACUGUGAGAAUCAGUGUUUCUCCAAGCGGCUUUACGCAGAAACCGAGGUCAUAAAGACAGACGGGCGUGGCUGGGGCCUCAGGACGAACCAGGCUCUUAGGAAGGGCGACUUUGUGACGGAGUACGUGGGAGAGGUGAUCGACUCAGAGGAGUGCCAGCAGCGAAUCAAACGCGCCCAUGAGAACCAUGUGACCAACUUCUAUAUGCUCACCCUCACCAAGGAUCGUGUGAUAGACGCCGGCCCAAAAGGGAACUCGGCCCGGUUUAUGAACCACAGCUGCAGCCCAAACUGUGAAACCCAGAAGUGGACGGUAAACGGUGACGUUCGCAUCGGACUCUUCACCCUCUGUGAUAUCGAGGCCGGCACAGAGCUGACGUUCAACUACAACCUGCACUGUGUGGGCAACAGGAGGACGUCCUGUCACUGUGGAUCAGACAACUGCUCCGGAUUCCUCGGGGUGCAGCCAACGAGCGCUGUGGUGAUGGAGAAAGAGGAGAAGGCCAGAAACGCCAAGCUGAAGCCGAAGAAGCGGAAGAUGAGGAUGGAAGGCAAACACACUCAUGAGUACUUCUGUUUCUGCUGUGGAGAAGGAGGAGAGCUGGUGAUGUGCGACAGGAAGGACUGUCCGAAAGCGUAUCACCUGCUGUGUCUCAACCUCACCAAGCCGCCAUACGGACGCUGGGAAUGCCCGUGGCAUGACUGCAGCGUCUGUGGUGCUCCGGCUUCGUCCUUCUGUGACUUCUGCCCUCGAUCGUUCUGCCGGGACCACGAGGCGGGAGCGCUCACCGCCUCCUCCCUGGAAGACCGCCCCUGCUGUUCCAGCCACAACCCUCUUAGUCCGCUGGGCUCCAGCUCCAGCUCGACCCAGCCUCGCCGCUCCACCAUGAGCCCCGCCAGGGUCAAAGAGGAGCCGGAGCCGGAGUCGGGCCAGUCGGCCACCGAGUGACGCCGCAACUCCCUCAAUACCUCAUUCCCUGCACGGUGCCCGGCGCUCCCACCUCCGACAUGAAGCAGCGCACCACUAAAGGGAAUACAGUGCUUUUUGACCAGUGCGACGGCCGCCAUCCAGAGCCGAGACUCACUGACGAACACCUCGAUGCCGUUUGUGGCGAGAGCAGAGUGGAUGGAGCAACAGCAGCGGGAGUGACCAGGCAUCAUCGUGCGGCGUUUUCCCUCCUCUUGCCAUAAAAACACACCACUACUUACUCUGCAGCUCGCCUGCGCCCAGCGGAGGGCCCAGACCACAACCUCAUUAUGUUUUCUUUUUUUUAAAUUGUUUUUACAGCUGUGGAAAUUUUAAGUGUUGUCGUCACGUCGUCAAUUACCGGCACUUUGAAGAACUCAGCGAGCGAGGUGGAGGGAGGCGAAGGGAGGAGGACGAGGAGGAGACGUAGAGCCGAACCUCUCCACCGUCAUGCUGCUCCUCUCCUUGUUUACCUGCUGUAAGCUGUGGUCGACAUCUCUCACACAGGACGGCUUCACGAUGGAGGCGAGCCAGCUUUACUCCAUCGCUCCUGGCGUGAUCCGUCAUCCUAUUUAUCUCUUUUUCUUCUCGGAGAAAAAGGAGCAGGGAGGGAGUCGGGGAGGGGAAGGGGAAGGGAGGGAAAUGACCGAUUUUGUGCAAUUUUUUUCAGGACCACACUACAUUCCAACCUUCCUUAAACAUGGUUUUAAUAUACUUAUGGGUAUAGAUGAAUAUAAUUAUAUACAGUAUCUAUGUUUGUUAAUGUUUACAGACAGAUUCUCUCACUUCAUCUCGGUGAGUGGUGUAUUAUGUUUGUUUGUUUAGGUGUUGAACAUUACGCAGACCUCCUUGUGAAAAUAGUCCUAUUAAGGUGAAAUAUAAUGGUAUAUAGUGUAAUGGUAUGACAUUACAGAAGUACUUGUGAUUUUCAUAUUGCCAGUCUCACUUGCCAUUGUGUACAUAAUUGGCUCACAAUAUUGUAAAGAACUUAAAGAUCAGGAGCGGCGGCGGGAAAAAAAACGCCUCUCCGGUUUGUUCCUGAAAGAAGGAAACGCUUUUUUAAAACGACAAGACAGAUCCUUUUUUUUUUUUUUUAAUUUUAUUUUGAAAUUUCACAUUUCGUCCGAGUGUUUCCUAUCAUUUGUAUAGCAGAUUGAGGGGCCCAGCUUGUGAUCACUGGUGCUGUCUUAAAGUGUUGUUAACAAGCCUUAAGUUGGGUUUUGGCUGUAGUAACUACUGCCCAGAUGCAGUCCAUUUCAGUGAGUUCAUUUCAGUUGUGUACUGUGACGGCUUCUUUAGUUGUUUUUUUUGUUUUGUUUUGCCAGACUUUUCUGAAAAAGCACUUUCACACGGCUCGUCGCUACACGGUUUAGCUAGGUCAUACAUCUACAGAAAUGUAUACUAAAAGAACAUACGACAAGUGUUUCAAAAAUGGAUACCUCUUUUUCUCGUAGUGACGUUGGAAUUUGAACUGUGUUGUAACUUUUGUUGCCUCUAGGUCAGAAACAUGGUGAGUGCUGGGUGUGCUUUUGUUUCUUUUAACUUGAGUUUUUCCUUUUUUUUUCUUUGAGGAAAGUGGCCUAAAAUGCUGUGUUUUUUGUUUCGUUGGCACAAGUAGGAAUGACUGCCAGCCCAGCUUCGUAUGGAAAAAAAGUCCUCGGUGUCUUCUGGAGGCACUUCUUCUUCUUCUUCUACUUCUACUUCUUCGUCUUCUACUUCUACUAUUUCUUCGUUUUCCACCUGGAGAAAAAUCCUCAAGGCUGGGCUUUCUAAGAAGACAUAACGGCGUAACAACAGUCCAGUCCAGUUUAAUGUACAAAAUACAAACUCCUGUACAGUGUUUUUAAUCGCUCAUCUGUCAAAUCCAAAUUUUUUGUAUUUAUUGCACCGCAUUUUAUACCAAUUUCUUUUUCAGACACCAGUGCAGUACUUUUGUCUCCCUCUUCACCACGGUGUAAGUGAAAUAGACUAUUUAAAAAAACAUGGGGAGUUUUACAUAAUAUACCUGUAUUUAGUCCUAUUUUCCUUUUUGUUUUUUUUUACAUUUGGUGUAAUGAUUCCACAUUUGGUAACCGCCGCAGCUCAUCGGCGUGUCGUGACUCACUAAUAAUUGGUGUUAAAAGCAGUUCAGUAUUGGAAUGUAAAGUUUCUGUUUCAGACUCAAGCGAUCGUCACAGGAGGAAGCUUUUCUGUCAUCAUGCCUCAGCUUUUUGCUUGCGAUUUGUGCUUUUUUUUUCAUGUUUUUUGCCCUCAAAAGAUGCUUUUUUUGUAAGCCUUCCACGGUGGUUGGUGUCAAAAGUUGAGAAACAGGGUUAAACAGUGCCAAUGUUUCCAAAUCUGUUCAAUUCUUUUUUAUUGUCUCCUUGAAUGCAAACAGUAGAUGCACACGAUGGCCUGUUUAUUUUGUUGAACUCGUAGUAAAUCCUUCAGGAAGGUUGUAGUUUUUAGUUUUCAGAAGAUGCUGUUGAGCUGCCAGGUGUUUUUAUUACUUCUGCCAUCUAGUAAAUAACAGAAAUGCUUCGAAAUUCAAACUGCCGCCUCUGAAAUGACUCCAAACGCCACUCAAGAAACAAAAUCUUUACGCUUUCUGAAGGGUUUAUUGCAGGACUGCUGUAUUAGAGCUGCUUUAACCUGUUAAACUGGCAGCUGAAUGUUAAUCAUAAAGCAGAAAAAUCCAAAAGGGGGGGGGGGGGGAGCGAUGCGAGCCCCUGAAUGCAGAAAAGUAAUAAAGUUCUCGACAUUCUUUAAGCUAUAAACUUCAAUUAGACCGUUAAAAAUACUCAACCUCACACAUAUUUGUCGUUUGUCCUCUUAAAAGUGGUCUAGAAUCUAUAAAUAUGCAAAUUUUCCUCAUUUCAAAGUCCACUUUUGGUGCAGUGGAACCUUAAAAUUGCCACAUCAAACAUGUGUAAGUUGCAUAUUAGACCAUGAGUUGGGACUUAAACUAACAUUUAACUUCAAAUGUCAAUAAUAAUAAAUAAAAUCACACGUUUGAGUGAAGGAAACUUUAAUAUCCUAAAUAUGCACAGCACAGGUGCUUAAUCGCAUAAAGGGUCCAGAAAAAGAACUCCUGCUUCUUUUCUGUGAGCUUUUUGCCUUUAAACGUCAGUAUUUAUGCACAAAUAUAGUUUUUGUCACUAUUCAGCAGCUCUUCCUCCUUUAUUCUAUCCGUCGUUUUUUGUGGACUCCUGAAAAACAAACGUUAUUUUGUGUAAUCAGGUGGGUGCAUCAUCUUAGAUGCACUUGUACUCAAAACGGUCAUCUACACUUGAAUAUUCUUUGUGUUUUAAUUUAUUACUGUGUUGUUUUUAAGGCAUCCCUGACUCUUGUUGCUUCGAUAAACACGACUUGUGAUGACAUAGCUGGUCUUACAGCCUUUGUUUUAUUCUGAAGGUGGCUGUUGUUCAGCUGAAUUGCAUGCUCCUGACACCAGACAGUGAUUUAAUGCCAAUGUUUUUAUUUUGUUUUAUGUUUUUCUUACCAUAUUGCACAGAGAUUCAGUAAAACCGAACAGCCUUUAUUUUUCUUUGCACCUACAGAUCGCAUGACCACGAUCGUUUCCUUUGUGCCAGUUUGUCGCCCUUCUCAGCUGAUUCAGCAGCAGUAUUACUCAUUGAAGUGUCCCCUUUUCAACAGCUAUCUGAUGUUUGUUGUUGCCCACGUUUGUUUGUUUUUGUUUGAAGAGACAGCAUGUUUGUUCUCGUUUAAGUGACCCCUUAAACAUUGUUUCACUUAAAUUUUGGAUGGACCACCCCUUUUUCGUUUGUCAAAGGGCAUGUUUCAGUUCACCGUGACGUCUUUUUUUUUGUUUGUUUUGUUUUUUGUGCAAUGUUGCCGACUGUCAUUGAGUUUUUAGUUGACAUGCUGUCGGGCAGUGAUGGAAUAAAGAAAUAAAUUCACCUUCAUAAGCACUCAUCUCUUUUUACUUGUAGUAAAAUUGCUUACAGUAACUCUAACUGGGGUCAUAUCUAUCUCUCUUGGUGUUGCUUCGAUUAAAAACGUGGAUGAACACAAAAUGCCAUGUUGAUUACUGUUCAACCUGUGUUACUGCAUACUACAUAUUGUUGAAGAACCUGUAAAUAGUUUGCAUUGAACUUGCAUAGGAUCAUGUUACUGUGGCGUGCUCUUUUUGCCUGUACAAUUCUGCUUCUAAAUGUGUGUGACUGUUGAGACGACACUCUUUUUGUACAUGACUGUCUUUUUAUUUGAGAAUAUUGAUUCUGUCCUUUUUCAUUCUAAAGUUGAGUUUGAAGAGUUCAGACAUGCCUGAAGUUUGACUUUAAUAAAGCUGUACUCUGUCUCAGUGAAA